AUGAACAAAUUUAAGGAAAUUGCAAAGGACGGCUGGCAUCCGGACAAAAACGAGACCACAUUCAGGGGUCAAGUUGGAGCCGUCUUUGGCCGGAAGUCCAACACUCAGAGCAACGCAGACCGAGACGUCACGCCCAUCUCACAUCUCAGAGACCCGGCCUCCUUCGCCCCGCCUCCAAAGAGAACCGGCUCCGUACUUCCACCCCCGGGAGUUGCCUCAUCAACUGCCAGGCCAGGCUCUUCGUCACCGGCCCAGCAGUAUGGCUAUGCAGACCAAGAACAGGGAGUAGAGGAAGCGCCCGCACCACCCAGGCCCUACCGCGUCGACACAAGCGGGCUGUCUACAGCUCACCUUCCUCCGCCACCCGCACGGAGAGACGGCGCUGAUGGCAGGGACACAGCCGUUAGUCCUCCUCCGCCACCAUACUCGGCAACCGCAAAGCCACCUCCGCCGAGCCUGCCCCCACGCCUCCCUCCUCGGAACAACAAUGCAUCUCCGGGGCCCUCCCCCGGCGCCUCACCUGCGCUACCAGCCCCGGCCGCGCCCAGCCGGCAGACUGGCUUUCUGAACCAAGGCGCUGUCGACCGCCUGGGCGCCCAUGGCGUUUCGGUACCAGGACUCGGCAUCAGCAGCGGGAACAGACAGGUCCUACCACCGCCACCACCCUCCCGGUCAGGCGCGAGUAGCCCGGCCCCGCCACCGGCUGCGGCAGCGGGACCGGGGUCGGUGAAUGAGCUACAGUCGCGGUUCUCGAAAUUCGGCGGCUUUGGUAGCAAAUCAACACCAUCCCCACCCCCGGCCCAGGGAGCACCGACCCAGGGGACGACAUGGGCACAAAAACAAGCCGCCCUGAAGACAAUGUCCGACUUCAAGAAGGACCCGAGGUCCGUGUCUUUCUCCGACGCCAAGUCGGCUGCGUCGACCGCGAACAACUUCAGGGAGAGGCACGGCGAACAGGUCGCCUCCGGGGUCAACAAGGCGAACAGCCUGGAUCAGAAGUACGGGGUCUCGGGCAAGGUAGGCGGGUACCUGGGCAACGCGAGUGGUGGUAGUGGCAGCGGGGGCGAGGCCGGCAGGACGCCCUCGCCCGCGCAGUCGCACCUCAGCACCAUCAGCAACGCAGCGGGGCUGCUGGGCAAGAAGAAACCGCCGCCACCUCCGCCUCCUAAGAAGAAGCCGGAGCUGGGCGGCAAUCCUGUCGACAAUGGGGAUGAAGACGCGCCCCCUCCGGUGCCAAUGUCGACACGGCCGUUUUAG